AUGAACGUGCAGCAGGAACUGGAAGAGCUGAUGCUCACAUACGAAGGAGUUUGUGCUAUCUUCAUUACGGAUCACGAUGGUGGACUAAUUUUGAACGUUGGUCUUCCUGCUUCGUUGGAUAACUCAAGGUUCAGACAGCAACUGAUCGUUAGUCAUGUGACAACCAUUCCACAAAUCCAUAAAUUGAGCAUGGGAGGCCAUCAGACGACGUUUGCGAUGUAUGAAUCGCACCAGAUCGCUAUACACUCGCUUGCAAAGUACUACUUUAUCGUUCACGCUGGAUGCAACACCAACACUGGAGCAAUGCUUGCACUGCGUGAAAAGCUGGCUCCGAUUGCGAACUAUAUGAUGUCUGUCUGCCCACCAAUUGAUGGAGAUGGUUUGAUGCCACCACCAUCUUAUCCUUCUGCCGCUGUUCCACCACCAGAUUUCGACCAGCUUUAG